GGGUGGGGAGAGCUUAGGUUAUCUCCUCCACUCACUGUACAUCCAUAUCCAAUAGAAAAAAAUAAAAAUAAAAAAGCUCCUUCCAGAAAAAGUAACUGUUUGUUUUGUUAGCUAGCCUUCUCGGAAUGUUUAUUACUACGUCUGAUGUUCAUUAAAGUUUCCUAGACGCAUUCAUUCCAUUGCCGUUGAUUCUCAAUUUUCUUGCAUUAUUCUAGUGGAGUCUCCGUUCUUGACGAAUCAUUCCCACCAUUCACCAACACAAGACAACAUCAUUAGCACAAACCACUAGCUUGCAACGCCUGCACAAAAAACCCUUGUUAACCUCCCCACUUAGCCUCGGAGAUUUCAUCAAGGAAAAAACCAAACUUUCAUGAAUGAUGAUUGCAUACUCUCUCUACCUUUUCCCCACACCUUUUUCCCUUCUUCUUUUUAUCCCUAGCUAAGACGCAUAUCAUUGUUGAAUAAAAAUGAUGGGUGUGGUUCUGUUUUUCCAACAACCUGCUAAUUACUAGGCUCUUAUCAUUUCUCUUUACUGUUGGUAACAAAUGGGUGAACAUUGCUCACCACCAAAUGAGCUAUGAUUCCAUAAAUGUUCCUAUAGCAAUUGCCACCUUCCUCUGAAAGGGCCCAUCAUUUCCUUUUGCAAUUUGUGUUUAGCGAGAUAAUUUGAGUGACUAUGGAGUCGAUGGAGUCGUGCGUGCCGCCAGGGUUUCGGUUCCAUCCGACUGAUGAGGAGCUUGUCGGCUACUACCUGAGGAAGAAGGUAGCCUCGCAGAAGAUCGACCUCGACGUUAUUAGAGACAUCGAUCUGUACAGAAUCGAGCCAUGGGAUCUGCAAGAGAGAUGCAGGAUUGGGUAUGAAGAGCAAAACGAGUGGUACUUCUUUAGCCAUAAAGACAAGAAAUACCCAACAGGAACGAGGACCAACAGAGCCACCAUUGCUGGGUUUUGGAAAGCAACUGGGAGAGACAAGGCCGUUUACGAUAAGGCCAAGUUGAUCGGCAUGAGGAAGACCCUGGUUUUCUACCGAGGAAGGGCUCCGAAUGGUCAGAAGUCCGACUGGAUCAUGCAUGAGUAUCGGCUCGAAUCCGAUGAGAAUGGACCUCCUCAGGAAGAAGGAUGGGUGGUUUGUCGAGCGUUCAAGAAACGGACCACCGGGAUGACCAAGAGUGCCCUCGACGGCUGGGACACAAGCUACUUCUACGACGAGCAAAGCGGUGCGAGCUCGGUCAUUGACCCCGUCGAAUGCAUCUCGAGGCCGGUCCUCGGCUACAUGCCCAACUCGAGCUUCGUGUGCAAGCAAGAGAGAGAAGUGGCGGAGAACCUGAAGCUCUUCAAUCCGGACGACGGCUACUUCCUACAGCUUCCUCAGCUAGAAAGCCCGUCCCUUCCCUUCGUGAAGAGGCCGAUGAGCUCUGUCUCGCUAAUGUCGGAGAUCAACAACAACGACCGCAACAGUAACAAUAAUGAGCGCUUAGAGGAACACAACGACGAUGAUUCCAAUAGGAGAGUGACCGAUUGGAGGGCCCUUGACAAGUUCGUCGCUUCUCAGUUGAGUCAAGAGGAGAGGUACGAGGGUGACGGAAUAACGGCGAGCUUCGACCAGCACGACAGCUCGGACAUGGCUUUGAUGUUGCUGGAGAGUGCUCGAGGAUGCGAAGCGACCAAGCCGAACAGUUUCUUGACUUCCGGCGCCGAAUGCGACGCGGGAAUAUGUUUAUUUGAGAAACUAUGAAUCUGUAAGGAAGAGAAAAGUCUUUAUAUAUGAUAAGAGCAUAUAUGAACCUCUGACGUUGAAUGAUGAAGAGUGGAUAUUAUUUCUGUUGAACAAAAUGGGUUGUGAAAGUUUGUAACUCGC